GCGAGCGUUUCUAUAGCAACUGUUGUGCGCGUCAGGAGCAGACGGACGCCGCCGUUUUGGAGCGUGUUCGCACAGCACCGAUGUCAACACAAAGCGCUUUGGGCAAACUGGACGUCGCCGUCCUGAACGCCGAACAGCGGGAGAAACUGCGCCAGUUCAAAAUCCAGACGAGGAUCGACAACGAGAAGUAUCUGAUGGCGCAUCCCGAAGUGGAGGUCGUGGUUGAAGAUUUUCUCAGAGACGUGCUUCUUAAAAGGCCCACUCACAUUCGUGCAUUUGCUGCCGAUCAUUUCACCAACCCCGACCUUCACGCUGUUAUUAACGCCAAAAUGGAGACCAUCAAUAUGGACUCCUAAAAGGCUGACAGGAAGAGGAUGUUUGUCACAGUUGUUUACUCAUUUAGGAAGCAUCUGUCACGUGCGUGGUUAGGGCGAGUAACGCAAGGCGAGAACAUGGUGGACCCAAUUGCAGGGAAGCAGGGAGGCAAGGCAGGGGUGCGGGAGUCUCAAAAUAAUAUUUAAUCUUAGAAAAGGGAAAACUGAACAAAGUCCCACAACAGAUACCAAUCAAAUCAAAGUAACAAAGAAACACUCGAAUAUCUAAAACUGGAAACAAACUAUGACCUGUGAGUAAGACGCGGAAUAGAAAGGGAAAAUGACACCUGACAACGACAUACCACAAUGAGAAGACAACUGACGACGAUGACAUGGCAGAGACAUGUGACGACGACAAUGAACCGAGACAAGAAGUGAAAGAAACCAGGGAACUAAAUACAAACAGAUAGACGAGACAACGAGGAACACCUGGACAAGACACGAGUGGCUGGAGAGAGCUGAUUGGUCGACACAAAGCAGACGAGAACAGGUGGACACAACAACUUAAUGAGCACACGACAAACAUGGAACACAGGAAAACAUGGAACAAAACUAAACACAACCCAAACCAAAACACAGACCAUGACAGCAUCUUUUGUUGUAAUGGACUGUCGCACUCCAUGAAGCACAAACGCUAUUAUUGUACACCAAAACAUAAUGUCUUCCCUGUAUUGUAUUUCAAACACAGUGUCACUGGAGCGUUGCUUUGUUCCUCUUUUAUUGUUGUUUUAAGCUACCAUAAAGACUAGUUUGGUUCUUU